AUGGGAUCCUCCACAAACUUCAGUCUGGACCUGGUCCCAGAUCACAGGGACAAUACAGGCAGCGAUCCUCUGUACCUGUGUGCUGCAGCACAGGGACACUACAGGCAGCGAUCCUCUGUACCUGUGUGCUGUAGCACAGGGACACUACAGGCAGAUCCUCUGUACCUGUGUGCUGUAGCACAGGGACACUACAGGCAGCGAUCCUCUGUACCUGUGUGCUGUAGCACAGGGACACUACAGGCAGAUCCUCUGUACCUGUGUGCUGCAGCACAGGGACACUGCAGGCAGAUCCUCUGUACCUGUGUGCUGCAGCACAGGGACACUACAGGCAGUGAUCCUCUGUACCUGUGUGCUGCAGCACAAGGAUACUACAGGCAGAUCCUCUGUACCUGUGUGCUGCAGCACAUGGACAUUACAGGCAGAGCCUCUGUACCUGUGUGCUGUAGCACAGGGACACUACAGACAGUGAUCCUCUGUACCUGUGUGCUGUAG